AAUCGCUUAAACUGAACAGGACGUACAUGUAUUAUACUUAAUAUUGAUUGUAUUAGUUGGGACUGAAGACAAAUUUAAUGUCAUUAUGUCUAAACAAGGAAUGCUUACUUUGCUUAUAAUUGGAUAUUUAUUGGAAGUGAGAACAGACCCCAUCCAGAUCCGUAAUUCACAAAUCGCGGUGACAUCAGACGGGGAUCAAUUCUGGCCUGCAGCUUGGGUCAACGAUGGUAUUGAAAAUAACAAUGGCAGUGCGGACAAUUGUGGAUGUUGCGCAGCUCUAAAAAGACCAUCAUGGCUGCAACUGACAUUGGACAAGACUUAUCUCGUGGAAAAGAUUCUAGUUCUAGGACGUACAGAUAAAAAUUUUGAGCAGUUUGACAACAUCACAUUGUCACUGGGAAGACAGGAUCAGUCACUCCGGAACGAAGCGUUAAUCUGGACAAACCUGUCUUUUCCGAUGACGAUACUCUCCCCUCCACGCGAAGUAGAUUUUGUACGAGUUUCGGGUGGAAAGGCACCAAAUAAGAUGACAAAAGUUGAACACUGGACUAUAUGCGAGAUUAUGAUAUACCGACAAGCAGUGCAGCAGGAGGAGGGAUCUGAUAUGGCUGGGAAAUGUUCGGAGGUUCGCAAUAGACUGAUCCCGGAAUUCGCUCGAGUUUAG